AUGCAAAAGGCAAACAGUGCUAACCAAGUGGAGAUGACAGGGAAUCUAUUUUAUGCAAAUAGCACAGUCACAGGACCAAGGGUGAAUGGAGAGUGGUACAUCGAUAGUGGUUGUAGCAACCACAUGACAGGGAAUGUAGAAUUGCUUGUUGAUGUAAGAACCAAAAUAGCUGGAAAAGUUCAAAUGCCGACGGGAGAUCUUGUGAAUAUAGCAGGAAUGGGCUCAUUGGUGAUUGAUACAAAUAAGGGCAGAAAGUAUGUUAGAGAAGUAAUGUAUCAGCCUGCUUUAAAAGAAAAUUUGCUAAGUGUGGGUCAAAUGGAUGAACAUGGAUAUUUCUUGGUGUUUGGUGGUGGAAUGUGCAGUAUAUAUGAUGGUUCAUCACUGGAAAGCUUAGUAAUGAAAGUGAAGAAGAAAGUGAAUAGGUGCUAUCCAUUGGCUUUAUUAUCCGAGAACCAAGUGGUCUUAAAAGCUAGUGUUACUCACUCUACUGAGACUUGGCACAAGAGACUUGGGCACUUACAUUUUGUUGGUCUCAAACAAUUGAGAGACAAGGAAAUGGUGCAUGGGUUGCCCCAGCUUGAAGACUACAAUGGAAUCUACGAGCUGCCAAUUUGGAAAACAACACAGAGAAGAAUUUCCAAGAAAUCAAGCAUAAAGAGCAACUGCUCCACUUGA